AUGUUUCUUUACGUCCUAUUGUCUAUAAUCGUUUUGAAUUGCCAUGCUGAAUUGUUUAGAUAUGAUGGAAGUAAGGUUUUGUAAUUGGUACUGCUUUUACAAUAGUACUAAUAUUCUUCGUUUUUAUUUUUUAAAAAUUGGUAAAACGCUUUGGUCGGAGUAAGGUUUGAAUCGGCAUAGAGCUAAAGCUAGAGGUAGAGUUUGAAAUACGAUCAGAAAAAAAAGCUAGAACUAGGGCUAAAAGUCAGGAUUAUAAGUUAGGUCUAGAGCAGGUGCUAGUGCUAAGACUAGAGCUACCUAGAGAACGUCAUCAAAUGUCCCUCUAGAGCUAGAGCUAGAGCUAACUAAGGAAUUGCAUCAAAUAUCCCUCGGCUUUUUGAACGAGACUUAUAUAGGAUAAAAGAGCAUAAAAAGUACCGGUAAAACUGUUUUUAAAAACAAAAGCUAAAUGGAUUCGGCUAACGAGUUACAGUCCGCGCAGUAACCUUAUAUGUUUAAAAGGUAUACCUUUAAAGUUUGAAAAAUGAUCUUUUUUAAUAAAUAUUUUCUUCUAAAAGCGACUAAAAGCAAAAAAUAGGGCUUAAAAAGUAUUUUUUAAAUCAAAUUAUUGUUUGGCUAGCCAAAACUUCUUGUCAUAAUGGGUGGGCGCCAAAAUGAAAUUGGCGGGGUUCGAACUUCUCACCUUCUGCACCCCAGACUACCUUUUUAACCACUCGACCACACUGGAUUGGAGUUUCAAUCCAUUCGUUUUGCACAACGCGAAUCAGAAGGAUAAAAUAGAAAACCCUAUAUAAGAGAGUAAGGCAUAAAAAGUUCAUAAAUGUAUGUUUUUUUAGAUAUACCAUUCCUACAGACGUACUUUUCAAUGUCAAAAGAUGAAGCAUUUGGAGUGGAGUUGAGUUUACAAAAUUCACAUUACUACUUUUUGAGUUCAGAAUGUAAAAAGUGUACCAAAAGUAGUAGAACCAUCAACUUUUCGUAAGGUUUUUGAAUUUCAAAUUUUAAAAAUUUUUAAAUUUUAAAAAAAUUGAAAACUUAAAAAAAUUAAACAAAAUUUUAAAAACUAAAAACGAAUUUUAAAAUUUAAAAAAAAAUUAAAAUUUUAGAAAAUAUAAAUUGGAGAAGACAAGCGACCCAAGAUUCACUUACCCGCACGAUAAAAUCACCUUUAGUGGUCAGAACUAUAAGAGCUUCCUCGGUACCAACAUGUUUGACGGUAAGGAUGGUGAGACCGUGCCCAUCGUUGAUACCGAGUCCAAAUACAAGUAUGUCACGUCUUGGUCUGGCUUUUUUGGAUUAAAUUUUGAGAAUUCGUGGAAUGAAAACUGGACUUGGAAAAAGUUAUUUAAUAGAAUUUCAAAGAAAAAGUUUAUUGUGAGGCGUGGACCUCAUUAUCAUAUUUUGGUAGGUUAUGAUGUUGCGUUAACUUGAGCCGAUGGUGGAGGAUGGGGGGGGGGAAUUAUAGGGUAUUUAGAACUAAGAUGAUAAUAUGAGACGCUACAACUCUAUGUUGGAGGACGGAGAAAGAAGAAGGUGUGAUAAGCUUAAGGUAAGAUACCAGCCCUACCUCGGGUAGAAUAAAGUAGAGAGAGCUAGUUAGAAUAAGGUAGAAUAUAAUAUAGUAAGGUAUGGUAUAAUAUAGUAAGGCAAGGUAUAGUGUAGUAAGGUAAGGUAGAAAAGAGUAAGAGAGGGCAAGGUAAGGUUGGAUAGGGCAGGGUAGGGUAGGGUAGGGUAGGGUAAGGUAGGGUAGGGUAGGGUAGGGUAGGGUAGGGUAGGGUAGGGUAGGGUAGGGUAGGGUAGGGUAGGGUAGGGUAGGGUAGGGUAGGGUAGGGUAGGGUAGGGUAGGGUAGGGUAGGGUAGGGUAGGGUAGGGUAGGGUAGGGUAAGGUAGGGUAGGGUAGGGUAGGGUAGUAACCUUUAUAUAUUAUUCUUUUAUUAGAACAAAAUUGAAGUAGACAGUGACGCUCUGCAUGGUGUGUUAGCAACAGACGUUGAUACGGUUAAAGGAUGUGGUGAAUUUACUUAUUAUGACACAAUUGGCAAAGGUUUAACGCUUCGGGGAUCGUAAGUGGUUUCUAAAUUUUAAAAUUAAAAAAAGUAUUAUUAGGCUGUCUAAAAAGUAAUGAGCCAUGUUUCUUAAAGAGAUAUGGUGUUCAAUAGCUCAUUAUUUUUUAUACAACGUAAAAGUAAUGAGCCAUGUUUCUUAUAGCGAUUUAACUAUCAGUGGCUCAAUAUUUUUUACACAAGCUAAUAAAAUCUAAAAUAUCUGACUUCAGAAUUAAAAUCGGUGAGAAUCUGUAUCCAAAUCAGAAAAUUCAAUUCUCACUCAACAGUUUCUCCAAAGUACCCAAAGGUAUCUACAAGGAGAACUACAAGUUGUUAAACGUGGAAGAAGAAGAUGUACCACCAGUCGAAGUGACGUUUGGUACCCAAAAGUUUUCGGUACCAAAAGAAAACUUUAUGUUUUAUCAAGGCGCAAAUUUUGAUAACAUGCUAUAUAUCCCGGUAGAAGAAAGCAAAGAUGACAUUGUCACGUUGGGUUACGACGUUCUUAGCACCACUUGUAUCAGCUUUGCAGCCGAUGGUUCCAAAAUGACAGUAGGACUAGCUGCAGCUGAAGUGUUGGAUGAUGAUGCUAAGAUGGUACCAAGAAAAACUGGUGUUGUUACUACUACACCUACUACACCAGAACCAGAGACUACGAUUAAAGGCGCUGGAGCAUUUGGUCUUUCUGGUGCUGUUGUUAUCUUUGUCAUUGUUUUUUUGUUGUUUGAUUGA